AUGAUAACUUGUUUUUCUUGUAAAUUCGGAGCCGAAAUGAUAGAAUUAAAGAACUUGGACUUCCACUUGGAAAAUUUAGGCGAAUCCAACAGGUGCUUCAACGAUGAGGAAAAACUGGGGUUGCUAUACGGCAUGACCAAUUUGGAGGAGAAAAUAAACAAGCAGAUUUAUUUGUGGGGAAAAAUAGAAGGCAUACAAAAUGACUAUUACAUAGUCUACUACCUCAAUCAAGAUAAAUUUUUUCCAAAAAAGAAAUUUUACUACUGUAAUGAUGAUUUCGAAUUUAGGGAAGUGACAAAGGGGAAUGAUAAGUUGAUAGAGAAAGUGGAGAAGAAGACGCCCUUCACGCUUUUCACGGGGGUGCCUGGCAGUUUAUAUUCUGAGGGUCACAAGUCGAAGAGGAGGAAGGACGCACGUGACAACGGUGGGAUCGAAGAUGCAGACGCCGGAAGUGACAGUAGUGAAGCUUCCCUAAGUGACAGUGGCGAAGCCUCCCUAAGUGAGAGCGAAAAAAGUAGCACCGGGGAGAGCAGCGCCGGGCACAGCAGCACCGGACAGAGCAAUAGCGAAAAUAGUGACAAUUCCAAAAUGGAAAAAAAUAAAAUGAAGGAAAGACAGAGCGAUAUCACGGAGCUUGAGAGACUAUCCUAUGUUGUUAGAAAAAUCGACGAAGAAGCAUUUAUUGUACCUUACAAUUCUGUAAAAAUAACAAAUAACUUAGAAAUGAAAUUUGCCAACUUCACUGGAUUUAAUAUGAUAGAAGCACUAAAAUUAACAUCGUGGGUUCAUUUUAGAUACCCUAAAAAUUUAACGUACGAUAAAAUUAAAAGUUACAAUAGUUUUUUUUUGAAUAAUUUUCUCGAUUCUAUCAAAUCAGAUAUUCCAGCAAGCAUGUGGAAUGUAAAGGUUAACAACCAGUUAAGUAAAAUUUCCAUAAUGAAUUGUUUGUAUCCUGGUUAUGUCUUUUACCACCUUUUGAACACCCCUUUUUAUGCCUCUGUGUAUAUAGGCAAUGGCAUUCCCAACUAUGACCUCCCGUUUUUGUUGCCCUAG